GCCGCCGCCGCGCUGAGGGGAGCAGGCGCUGUGCGGAGCCGCCGCCGCUGCCUGGUGCGGGCAGCACGGAGGGAGCGAGCCGCGCACGGGGCUGCGCGGGCCGGCCGCGCCCGCCGCGCCGAGGAGCGGGCGCCAGUUUUCAAAAUCUUGUUAAUGUGAUGGCAUAAACUAGUAAAAAGGCAUUUGGAUUACAUCAUUGAUAUCAGCAAUGGUGAUUGAUAUUAUUUGAGUGACGCAGCGUGAGUCUGCUCUAUGAAAUGUCAGAAGUUUGUAUUUCUUCUAGUUUUGCAAUGGUUUCCCAAUGAGUGGAUCAUGAUGAACAUACUUUAGGGACUUGCCAUAGUAUGGCUGCUUCUCGAUCUACUCGUGUUACAAGAUCUACAGUGGGUUUAAAUGGUUUGGAUGAAAAUUUUUGUGGUAGAACAUUAAGAAACCGUAGUAUUGCUCAUCCAGAGGAAGUUUCACCCCAUCCUCAGAUACGAUCAAGGUCACCAAAGAAGAGGCCAGAGUCUGUGCAAACUCAGAAGGGAAGUAACGGUGGAAGAACUACUGAUUUGAAACAGCAGAGUGCUCGGGAAUCAUGGGUGAGCCCUAGAAAGAGAGGGCUGUCUACUUCAGAAAAAGAUAAUGUUGAUAAACAAACUGUGGAAAAUUGUGAAAAAAAACAAACAGAACCUGUCUCACCAGUUUUGAAAAGAAUUAAGCGCUGUCUACGUUCAGAGGCACCGAACAGUUCAGAAGAAGACUUGCCUACUAAAACAGAGAAGGAAUCAUUGGAGCAUAAAAGCUUAGUGUCGGACAAUGAUGCAGUCUCCACAGGGACUAAGCGAGCUUGUCGAUGUCUUAUAUUGGAUGAUUGUGACAAAAGGGAAGUUAAAAAGGUGAAUGUCUGUGCAGAAGGAUUUAAUAAUUCUGCAAUAGUUGACGAAAUUGCAGGCUAUCAGACUGUCAAUGGAGUUGGUGAGAGAGACUCAAAUUCUCUUAACUGUGAUGACUGUCAGCUUGAUGGGAACACUAAGCAAAACAGUGCUAGUUCCUGUAUGCCCAAGGACAAAACAGUAGCAGAAAACGGAAACUCAUUUGCCCAUUCUUCAUUGUUGCUUAAUAGCAACAAGGAGGACAGUGUUGUAGACCAUUAUGUGCCUUGCACAAACUCUCAAGAACAGGUAAAGUUAGAGGACCACAAAAUAAUAAAUGACUGCUUGCCUGAGGAGCGUGCUAAUCAGGCAGAUGAGCCAGCUACAGGGUCCUUUUCUGAAAUCCAGUCAUCUUUGUUAAGGGAUUCGGAGGAGGAGGUAGACGUUGUAGGAGAUAGUAGUGCCUCUAAGGAACAGUGUGCUGAAAACACCAGUAGCAGCCCAAAUGCUCAUCAUGACCGUGCAUCAAUCUCAGGUGAACCUGAACCACAUUCGUUAGUGCUGGACUGUGUUUCAACUCAAAUGACAUCUAUGUCGGAACUUCAAGAACACAGAUAUACAUUGAGAACUUCACCACGAAGGGCUGCCCCUGCGAGAAGUAGCCCUACUAAAAAUAACUCUCCUUGUAGAGAAAACGGACAGGUUGAGGAAAAUAAUCUUAGUCCCACUGAAAAGAAUGUACCUGUAGGUAUUAAUAAUAUCAAUGGAUCUCCCAAAAAGUCUGAAGAAAUUAAACAGGAUGAAAAAGAGAGAAAUUGUAAUACAGGAGAUCGUGGGAGUGAUGGACUAAGAAAGCCACUUUCUGAGGCUAGGCUUGUUGCUGGAUAUGUACCAUCUGCCAAAGAAAGUGCCAACAUCCACACUGCAGAGGAUGAUGAGGAAGAGCCUGAUGUAUAUUACUUUGAAUCAGAUCAUGUGGCAUUGAAACACAACAAAGAUUAUCAGAGACUGUUACAGACGAUUGCUGUACUCGAGGCUCAACGUACUCAAGCAGUUCAAGACCUUGAAAGUUUAGGCAGACACCAGAGAGAAGCACUGAAAGAUCCUAUUGGAUUUGUGGAAAGACUCCAGAAGAAGGUUGAUAUGGGUCUUCCAUAUCCUCAGAGAGUUGUUCAGCUCCCUGAGAUUGCCUGGGACCAAUACACCACUAGCCUUGGAAACUUUGAGAGAGAAUUCAAAAACCGAAAACGUAACAGCAGGAGAGUGAAGCUCAUUUUUGAUAAAGUAGGUAUACCUGCAAGACCAAAAAGUCCUUUGGAUCCCAAGAAGGACGGAGAGUCUAUUUCAUACUCUGUCUUGCCUUUAAGUGAUGGUCCAGAAGGUUCUACAAACAGUCGUCCACAGAUGAUAAGAGGGCGACUUUGUGACGAGACCAAACCUGAAACUUUUAACCAGCUGUGGACUGUAGAGGAACAGAAAAAACUUGAGCAAUUGCUUUUGAAGUAUCCACCAGAAGAAGUAGAGUCCCGGCGGUGGCAGAAGAUAGCUGAUGAAUUGGGGAAUAGAACAGCAAAGCAGGUUGCCAGUAGAGUGCAAAAAUAUUUUAUUAAACUUACUAAAGCUGGCAUUCCAGUUCCGGGAAGAACUCCGAACUUAUAUUUAUACUCCAAAAAGUCAUCAAGUAGACGGCAGCAUCCUUUAAAUAAACAUCUUUUCAAACCUUCAACUUUCAUGACAUCUCAUGAACCUCCAGUUUAUAUGGAUGAAGAUGAUGACAGAUCCAGUUUUCACAGCCAUAUGGAUACUGCAGCAGAAGAGGAAGUAUCGGAUGAAGAGAGUAUUCCAAUAACAUAUCGAGAGUUACCUGAAUACAAAGAACUGUUAGAGUUUAAAAAAUUGAAGAAACAGAAACUCCAGCAGAUGCAUGCAGAAAGUGGAUUUGUGCAGCAUGUGGGAUUCAAGUGUGAUAACUGCGGGAUUGAACCUAUCCAGGGUGUUCGGUGGCACUGCCAAGACUGCCCUCAAGAAAUGUCCUUGGAUUUCUGUGAUUCUUGUUCUGACUGUCUGCAUGAAACAGAGAUUCAUAAGGAAGAUCAUCAGUUAGAACCUAUUUACAGAGCAGAGACAUUUUUAGACAGAGACUACUGCAUGUCCCAGGGCACCAGUUACAAUUAUCUUGACCCAAACUACUUUCCAGCAAAUAGAUGACAUGGGAAGCAGAUCUACCAUCUUGGGCUUACUAUCCUCUUUGAAAAAUAACAAUGGCACCAUUGUUAAUUCUGUGCACAUUUUGGAAAGACACUGCUUUCCCUGAAAUGUCGCUCACAGCAUGACAGCUUCCUGGGUGUACUUGUCAAACUACAGCUUUGAGCUGUCAUGGUUCUAGAUCACUGAACAGCAGCUGAACAUUCCUAGUGUGCAGAAGGUUUCACUGGGAGACUUUUCUUUCACCACAUUAGUCAUUUUUAGGUGGUGAAUCUAAACACAAAAGAAAAA